UCAAGCAGGGUUGUCCUUCAGUGGAGCUAUCUUGGUAACGUCUGUACCAACUCAUUCUUGUUGUACUUGGAAUAGCAGUUCAUAAAAGGGAACUACACCGUUGUGGACCAUGGCGGCAAGGAUUUUGCCCAUAGUGAAACUGGCCACCAAGGUGACCAUUGCAGGAGGAGCUCUCUACGUUGCCUGUGACUCUGGUCUGUUGGGAAGCAGUGAGCAGGGCUCAGAGGCCCUGGGGAAGGCUAAGGCUGCAAUACCGCCCGCCGUUGAGGAAUGGAUGAAGUACUUUGGCCUGGAGGCUCAGCUUCCUACCCUGCCUACCAUUGAAUUCUCCCCUGUUCAGGCGUGGAACUCUGGAGUGCGGUGGACGAUUUCGUCUCUUUCGGAGGCUCCAACAAAAGCAAAUGAGUACUCAAAUCAGGGUGUGCAGUACCUGAAAGACCUCACCAAGUGAACAGGAACAGGAACGUAUUUAUCUUUUGGAGUUUUGCACUUGAGAAAUGACAUUAUUCUUCAAAAGUUGUAGCCCCUCACAAGAAAGAAGAAACACCCAACACGAAAGAAAGCUGCAAGGUGAAAAAAAGUUGUGACAUUUGGCCGCAAGGAGUUUAGUCUCAUGAAUGGGUACUGUGGUUCUGUAAAUGGUAGUGGCAUUGGUUGGGAGUUGUACAUAAUGCAAAGAAACAAAAUGUAUUUUAAAAGUUGUUCUUUCAUUUUGUGUAUACCACCAAAAUUUAGCUCAACUCUCUCUAAUAUGCAAUAUUUGACUCCCCUUUGUUCUCAAACCACCCAAAUGUUAUGAAGAGAAUGUGUGUUGUAUAUAUGCAGUUUCACAAUUUGUGACUAAAUAAUACACCGAUCUUAAAACACA